AUGGCACGCUUCAACUGCGCGCAGGAGCCUAUCCCUCCUGACCGGCAGACUAUCAACAUCAGCCUACGAGAUGCCACAGUUAUCACGCAAAAGUUCUCGCCCACUCCCAAAGCCAACCUCGACAGGCUAGGAAAAGCUCUCAGCGAGCUGCUCCAGACCCCAGAGCAAGAUACGGUGAUCGAAGCUCCGAACGAGAAAGCGAAGGACACACCCGGCAUAUCAUUUGGCACGAUAGAGUGGCAUCUUGACUCCGAAGGGGAUGCCAUACAUCGGCACACAGCCCAUCCUUCGGCCACUGAAAAGAGCGUCAUUGAAGAAUUGAUCAUGCGCCGAGCCGACGAAAUGGGUCACCACCCACAUAUCAGUCGAGGCGAGGUUGAAGAUGCGGGAGACAUGUACAUGACCAUCACAUGUACAACGCACAGUCCUCGCGGGUUGAGCGUUCGAGAUAUGAAACUGGCGCAGAAAAUCAAUGACAUUCUCGCCGAGUUCAACACCGUCACACCAUGGAACUUGGACUCCUCGCGGGACGUGGAUGAUGAAAAGCUGAGAAUUGCGGCCCUACGUGAGCGCAUGAUCGCCGCGAACCGAGCGAAAAUCAAUGAGGCCCUUGAGCGCUGUGGAUGCGAGGCAGCAAAAUCGAGGUCUACAACUCCGCCAGAAGUCUCUGCGAAGGGGCCGGUAUAG